AUGAAUGACUUUACUCUUCGUCCUAUUAGUGACGACCCUACGGGUCUUCAAGAUGUAUUGGCUUUUAUUGCAGACUUUGAAAUGGAAGACAAUAUGUCGAUUAUUAAUUGUAAUUCAACUGAAUGUGUGGUUGAAGAAGCCUCUGCUACAGAUCAAGAGACCUUGGAUAAAGUCUAUGAUAUGAACUUGGAUGAUUUGUGUAUGGAAGAAGGUCGACGGUCAGUAGCUAAAGUGUCGACGACAAAGAGCUCAUUUGAUCAACUGAAUAUGUUGUCUACUAAAACAUUAGGAGUGUCAAGCCCUUCUGUAAAUGCAGAAGACUCGGAUAACUGUGCUAUUGUCAUGAAGACCACCCCACGGCGACAUCGCGUCAGUCGUAAGGAAGAACUUGAAUAUUUACGUAAGAAAGUUAUCGAGAUGGAACAACAACUUAAGACACUUAAGGACGCUACCGCCUCACCAGCACCUUUGGCUUCAUCACUGAAGUCGAAUAAAGUUACGAUGAAGUUUGAACAAUCUGUAGCUCUCUGGAAAAAGAUGGCGGAGCGACAAAAGAUUCAGCGGGAAAUAGUAGAGUGCGAGAACACGAAGCUUCGUGAAAAGCUUAAGAUGCAGAUGCGCAUGGCGAAGGGUUUGCAACGAGUGCUACGCAAGAGUGAACGAGCUGUCGAACAGAGUGUGAUUGAGACACCAAAGAGAUACAAGCACUUUUACCUAGAUUCUCACGUCGCUAAUGCUCCUGGUGAAUUUGACCAGUUGAUCGCAAAUCUCGGUAAGCUCUACGCUCUUACGAAUGGAAUCAUGUCCUUUUGCCCCAUGGCUACGGAAAAACAGCCAGUUUUGAGACAGCAAGACGUUAAGCACAACAAUGUCAACGAUGUGUUUAUCGAGUUUAUACACAGCAAACUUUUGCCGUUUGAAAAGGAUGUUGUCGACCGAGCUAUUUGGCGGCAUUUAACCGAACCCGGUAUCAAAUAUAACACGUAUUUUGAAGAGCAGUUUGCUGAGACGAAAGAUAACAUGAUUUUGCGAAAGUUUGGUGUUGAGAUUGAGCAAGACGAACGAGUCGCCAAAAUGGGUGGAAAACAAGCUAUUCGUCGGUAUUUGGAACGUGAUCAAAUUGUUAUUGUCCGGAGUUCUGUAGUCGAUCGCGUGGAACUUUCUUGUGCAUCAAUGGGCGGACUUACAUUUCGAGAGGUUGGUUGGAUCGUGAUUACGGACGCAACAGGUCACGAUUCGGUUUCUAGUCCAAAGGCAAUGGUCUCGUCGUACUCGACUCUAACACUAGACGUGGAUCUAGACUCGCAAUGGGAGAUUGGUGCACUUACAGACUUUGUGUUGCAGUCUCGCGGAGACAUUGAGGUUGGCAACGACAACAUCGUAGAGAAUUUGCUUUUAGAAGAAGCAGCGAAGCGAAAUUCUGUAAUUUAG